UCCGUGGUUACCUGCCAGCCAGUAAAGACCUUAAGGGGAAUCUCAUGGACUCCAGUGCUGAACAGGACCUCAUUAGAGAGCUCAGCCAACGCAGACAGAAUCUGUUGCUGGAGUUACGCAACUAUGAAGAGAAUGCAAAGGGUGUGUCAGAGACAAACAGUGGAAUGGGUGUGAUCCCAGCCAACACUCAGCUCCAGACGGCGCUGUCAGUGAGAGCGGCUACAGAAGCUCAGAAGGCUCAUGUAGAGCUCAGCAUUUCAACACCAAAUGAAACCAUCAUCCGUGCAGUGCUCAUCUUCGCAGAGGGGAUAUUUGAGGGGGAGAGUCACGUUGUCCACCCCAGCGCUCAGAACCUGUCAGGCUGUGUCCGAGUCCCCAUUGUCCCCCCAAAGGAUAUACCCGUAGACCUUCACAUUAAAGCCUUUGUGGGAGGGAAAACAAG